UACACCUCCAAAUCUUGAAACCCCACAAAAUUUUCAUCAACAAAAUCUUGAAAUUUUUCAUCUUUUUUGCUUCAUGUGUUUACAAAAUUCAAUCUUUUUACAUAAAUUUAAAAGAAUUUGAUUAUUGGGUGGUGAGUGAGGGUUCUUAUCCUCAAGAAUCCAUUGAAGUUUUUGAAAAAGAUGAUCUUGUUGAACAAAACAAGAAUUCUUGAAAACAAAUCUUGUGUUGAAUUUUUUUUAUUUUAUUUUUGGAUCUUUCAGAUAUUCAACAGCUACUUUAAAUCUUCUUUUUGUUCCAAAUUUUCUGUAAAAGAUUGAUUAUUUUUGAGUUGGAGAUAAUGGACAAAGCAUUGUUGCCACCCGGGUUUCGGUUUCAUCCCACAGAUGAAGAAUUGAUUGGUUAUUACCUUAAACGGAAGGUCGAAGGGCUUGAAAUUGAACUUGAAGUGAUUCCGGUUAUCGAAUUGUACAAGUUUGAUCCAUGGGAGUUGCCUGAUAAAUCUUUCCUUCCAACGCGUGAUAUGGAGUGGUUCUUUUUCGUUCCACGCGAUCGCAAGUACUCAAACGGAUCACGCACAAAUAGAGCAACAAAAGCCGGGUACUGGAAAGCCACAGGCAAAGACCGAAAAGUGAUGUGCCAGUCUUCUUUAAUCGGCUAUCGUAAGACCCUCGUCUUUUAUCGUGGUAGAGCACCAUUAGGUGAUCGAACUGAUUGGCUGAUGCACGAGUUUCGGUUAUGUGAUGAUAAUUCUAGAGGGGCACCAAUAUUUCAAGGACCGUUUGCUUUGUGUCGUGUGAUGAAAAGGAACGAGUUAACAAAGGAAGUUGGAAGUACUGCCAAUGGGGUUAUCAUUGAGCCGUUGGUUCCUCAAACAAGCGCCCCUUUGUGUAACGAGAGUAGUUUAUCGAGUCCUCUUUUGUCUUAUGAGAAAGCGACUACUUUAGAGAAUGAACCGACUUCAUCAACGGGCCUUAAGAGUCCUUCGAUGUUUUGGGUCUCACCUGAUUUGAUUCUUGAUUCAUCAAAAGGACAAGAAGGGCACUUUGGGUAUUUGACACAAAACGAGGUUCCAAACCCGACAAGUCCAUUGCAACCAUAUCAGCAGUUUGAGAUCUCACCAAGUUCAUCGUACUCGAAUUAUACAGAGGAAGUUGAACUUGUUGAUGAUGUAAACCGAUUUGGCUACUUGUCACCGUAUUCAAGUAGCCAAAGCUUAACUGGAUUAUUUGGAAACGACGAUCAGUUUUCGUACAAGUUCUAAUUCAUGUAGAAUUGUAGAAUACAAAAAUUGCCCAUGAGUAACAAUCACUUGUAUAAGCUUUUUGGUUACUCUAUUGCCAUGAUAGUUGUGGUUGUUAA